CUGGUGUCCCGGAACCUGCUGCGCGCGGCCCUGCACUGGGCGCUGCUGGGAGUGGCGCUGCUGAAUGGGCUGCUGUCAGCAGCCUGCAGCGUGGGUCUGGCCCUGGCCAUCUCCCUCACUGCGGCCAGCCGUGGCACCCACCUGGUUGCCGGCUGCAACAGCUCAGCCCUCCCAGCCGAUGCCCGCAUCGCCUUUGCCACCAAUGACUGCCCCUUCGACACCACCCGCAUCUAUGACACAGCCCUGGCACUCUGGCUGCCUGCCAUGGCGGUGGCAGCGGCAGAGGCUGUGCUCUCCAGCAGGUGCUGCGUCGUGGCCCUGAUCCUCCGCGGCAUUGGGCCCUGCGCCCCCACCGAUGUCCAGGAGCAGCUGGAAGAUGACGCUGUGGAGAAGACCUCCGUGCCUGAGGACCUGCCCCGGCGUGAGACGCACCGGCUGCUGCCCACCCAGGCCGAGGCUGAGGCCCGUGUGUAGAUGGAAUGGCCGUGGCACAGCUCCGAGUCCCC